AAGCAAGGGAGAACGGAAUGGCGUGUGUAAGUUGAUCGUCGCAAGCAGUAGGUCUACAAACGAAGUAUACGAAAACAUUUUUCGCCAUGCAAUUCUGGUGAAUAGACUGAAACACUUUAAGUCAGUGUCUAGUUCUUGGCUUUAGGGUCACUUCAAGUAUCACCAUGAGUGUCGACACGUACGGUCCGAGCUCACAAACGCUCACGUUUUUAGAAACAGAAGAUGGGACCGACCUUCUGGGUGCAGACACUCAAGGAUCCGAGUUUGAAUUUACUGACUUCACUCUUCCGUCUCAAACACAGUCACAAACCCAGGCGUCUCAGAUCGAACUCCAAAGUCAAAGUCAGAUAAAUGGACCAGACCAGCUGGUACACAAUGGAAUUGACCUUUCCAUCAAGGCCAUCAACCAGGGAAUGGGUGAGCUUAACUUCGAAGAAGAGGAGGAGGACCAGUUCUAUAUGAAGGAUUUGCCCAAACAUGCGUGCGCCUACUGCGGCAUCCAUGACCCAGCAUGUGUUGUGUACUGUAAUACUUCCAAGAAAUGGUUCUGCAAUGGUCGUGGCAAUACUUCAGGGAGCCAUAUCAUCAACCAUCUGGUGCGGGCCAAGGCUAAGGAGGUGACACUGCACAAGGACGGCCCUUUGGGAGAGACUGUGCUUGAAUGUUACAACUGUGGAUGUCGCAAUGUCUUCCUACUGGGCUUUAUCCCUGCAAAGGCAGACACAGUGGUUGUGCUUCUGUGUCGUCACCCAUGCGCCAACUUGUCCAGCUUGAAAGAUAUGAAUUGGGAUCCAAGUCAGUGGCAACCACUCAUACAAGACCGGCAGUUUUUGUCAUGGCUGGUGAAGGUGCCCAGUGACCAAGACCAGAUGCGUAGUCGACAGAUCAGUGCUCAGCAGAUAAAUAAACUAGAAGAGCUCUGGAAGGAAAACCCAGAUGCCAAGUUAGAGGACCUGGAGAAACCAGGUGUUGACGAAGAACCCCAGCAAGUCUUGCUCAGGUAUGAUGAUGCAUACCAAUACCAAAACAUCUUUGGCCCCCUUGUGAAAUUGGAGGCUGAUUAUGACAAGAAACUUAAAGAAUCACAGACUCAGGAUAACAUGGUCGUUCGCUGGGAUGUUGGCCUCAACAAAAAGCGCAUUGCAUACUUUCAUCUGCCCAAGGCAAAUGAUGAGAUGAAACUGAUGCAUGGAGAUGAGCUAAGGAUCCGUUACGUAGGGGAACUUCACAAGCCAUGGUCAGGUGUUGGUCAUGUCAUCAAGAUCCCAGACAACUACAGUGAUGAGGUGGCCAUUGAGCUGAAGAGCAAUGCUGGUGUACCUGUUGAAUGUACCCAUAACUUCGUCGUUGAUUUUGUGUGGAAAUCCACCUCCUUUGACAGGAUGCAGGCAGCCAUGAAGACCUUUGCUGUGGACGAAACAUCAGUGUGGGGCUACAUCUACCAUAAACUGCUGGGUCAUGAGGUUGAGGAUGUUGUGUUAAAAUGCUCCCUGCCUAAACGCUUCUCAGCACCUGGUCUCCCAGAGUUGAAUCAUUCUCAGGUGUAUGCUGUCAAAACAGUCCUGCAGCGCCCAUUGAGCCUCAUACAGGGACCUCCAGGAACUGGGAAGACCGUUACGUCUGCUACCAUUGUUUACCACCUGGUGAAACAGAAUAAUGGUCCUGUGCUUGUCUGCGCCCCCUCCAACAUUGCUGUGGACCAGCUUACUGAGAAGAUCCACAAAACAGGCCUGAAGGUGGUGAGGCUUUGUGCUAAGAGCCGCGAGGCAAUAGACUCCCCAGUGUCUUUCCUGGCAUUGCACAACCAAAUCCGUAGCAUGGACAGUGUUCCUGAGCUGUCAAAGCUGCAGCAGCUGAAAGAUGAGACUGGAGAGUUAUCAUCCACAGAUGAAAAGCGUUACCGCGCCUUAAAGAAGCAGUGUGAAAAAGAGCUGCUGCAGGCAGCUGAUGUUAUCUGCUGCACUUGUGUAGGAGCAGGGGAUCCUCGCCUUGCCAAAAUGCAGUUCCGCUCUGUGCUUAUCGAUGAAAGUACACAGGCAACCGAACCUGAGUGUAUGAUUCCUGUCGUUCUUGGGUGUCGCCAGCUAAUCCUGGUGGGUGACCAUUGUCAGCUGGGCCCAGUAGUAAUGUGCAAGAAAGCAGCGAGGGCUGGAUUGUCUCAGUCACUGUUUGAACGUCUGGUGGUGCUGGGUAUUCGUCCCAUUCGCCUACAGGUGCAAUACCGCAUGCAUCCGGCACUGUCUGCCUUCCCAUCCAACAUCUUUUAUGAGGGCUCACUUCAAAAUGGAGUCACUGCAGCUGAACGUUUACGCAAAAAUCUGGAUUUUCCUUGGCCACAACCGGACAAGCCAAUGUUCUUCUACUGCACAAACGGGCAGGAAGAAAUAGCCAGCUCUGGAACCUCCUAUCUGAACAGGACAGAGGCAGCCAACACAGAAAAGCUGGCUACCCGUUUCUUGAGGGCAGGUGUCAAGCCAGACCAGAUUGGCAUCAUAACACCCUAUGAAGGUCAGCGUGCAUACCAGGUUCAGUACAUGCAGUACUCUGGAGCACUCAACAAAAAACUUUAUCAGGAGAUAGAGGUGGCCAGUGUGGAUGCUUUCCAAGGGCGGGAGAAAGACUUUAUUAUCCUUUCUUGUGUUCGAUCUAAUGAACACCAAGGUAUUGGUUUCCUAAAUGAUCCACGGCGCCUCAAUGUUGCCCUUACUAGGGCCAGAUAUGGAAUCAUCAUUGUUGGAAACCCAAAAGUUCUGUCUAAGCAACCUCUAUGGAACCAUCUGCUGACAUACUAUAAGGAGCAGAAAUGUCUUGUGGAAGGGCCUCUCACCAAUCUUAAAGAAAGCCUCAUUCAGUUCAGCAAACCACGCAAGCUGGUCAACUCUGUCAAUCCGGGUGGUCGUUUCAUGAGCAACACCAUGUUUGAUGCCCGUGAGUUGUUGGUGCCUGGCAGUGUGUAUGACCGGGGUGUGGCCUACAGGGAACCUGUGGUCCAUACUCAUGACCAACUGAACAUGAUUGGGCCAGAGCGUGCCUACACACGUACUUCCAUGAACUUGCCUGUGCCUGUCAACAUGUUUUUGCCUCCUGUGGCCCAGCCCUUUCCACAUCUUCAGCAUUUGCCAACAGAUACUGGGAUUCAGAAGGGCAUUCAUGGUAUGCAUGGCAACAGUUGGGGCUCUGGCCGUCGUCAGAAACCCCCACGCUACAGCAAGCACCAGCAGAACUCCCACAACACGGGUGUCUCACAGCACAGCCAGCCAAGCCAGGAAGUUUCCCAGUCAUUCUCCCAGGGUCCUCUAACCCAGGGCCUGUCCAUGUCACAGGCGUUCCCAAUGAGUCAGACUGGCAUGAGUGGACUCUCGCAGGCAGAGCUGUCUCAGGACAGCUUCCUGGCUGAUGACUUCAAGUCUCAGAUGGAUGGCAUGCUGUCACAGGACUCCACCUACCAGGGAGACCGGCACUUCUAUGCCUCCCAACUCUCACAGGGUCCCUUCAACUAGCCCCCAUUCUCCUUGCCCUCCCAGAUGUGCAUGGGAGGGUGCCGUGAGCACCACUAUCAACAGUGAGGUUACAUCCGCAGUGUCCCGCUUGCCCCUCGGCCAACAAGCAUGGGUGUUGCAGAGCAUUGGCACGGUUGCUCACCAGCAGACCGGCUGCCGCAGAUCCCCAGUAUGGAGAGCAGACGCUCUUGCAGCAACCGUUGCUGCGGGUUGUGUCAGGGCCUGCCUGGCGUCACAUCCACCACCAGCGACUGAAGAGAAAGUCCAUGUCCUCUUGAGGCCAUGAAUUGUCAACUGCCGGUGGCGUGACACAGACACAGCAGUCAACCGCAUACGGAGUUUGGGAGCCACCUUGAACAGAUGGAAAGGGCCAUAUGAGGAGGAGCGUGGAGGAUUUGCUGACACUGCAGGACUUUUUUCCCAACCUCUCGGCAGAGAAGAACUCUCUGUUGGGACCCAGACUGUCGUGUAUUGAAGGUGACACCGUGGUCGCCAGUGGAGGAGGCCAUGGGAAGAGUGGGGAGAGCGUGGUGGCUGAUGGGAUACAGCACAGUUGCAGGAAGGAGAUUCCUGCUUGCAAAGCUGUCCUGGCCACCCCCUCCACUUCACCUACUACACAUUCUAGCGGUUUCUGGGAUUGCUUGGAUGUUUGAUUAUAAUUUGUACACCCACUAACUUUGUCCCGUCUUAUUUUUUUCCGUACUUGGAUUUUGGUUUACUUUCCUAAUCCUUCUCCUACUAAUGCUCCGUCUGUUUUAAACAACCUUUAUCAUGCAAAUUUGUGUUACUGAAUUGCAUUUUUUUUAAUUGUCUUCAUUUUACAUGCUAGGAAUACAGUGAAUAUAGAGGAGAAAAACAUGCCUGUGUUAUUUUGAGUAUAUUAACAUCUAUGGCUACCUGACUGCAACUGGUAAUCCUGCUUUUAUUUUUGAGAGAGAGGGGGGGGGCAGACUUUGAGGAGUAUUAUUUUGAUUUAUUACAUCAACCAUAAACAAAGUCAUCAGAUGACAUUCAUUCACAGAGAAGAAAAAAAAAAUCUAUGUGGCAGCAAACUGCCAUCCACCAAACUCGGACAAAGUAUGCACUACAAGUACAUGUAAUCCCCAACCUUCUCCAUUUAAAGUAUUCACAUCCUGUUUCACUACGUAGGGAUAUUUGUCAGUCUUGGUCCUGUACCGUUUUUGGUUUAUUCCGUGUGUCCACACAAUUAUUUCAAGAAAUUAAUGCAACGUAAGUUUUUUUUUUUAUUUAUUUAUUUUUAAAAAAAAAUCCAGAAAUGUUUGGGUUAACACAAGGUCUUGGCUGCUAAUCUUUCAUUUUUCCUUCUCAUCCCUCUCCAGUCGUCACUUUGAAAAUAGGUUGGAUGUGGAGAUCAUUGCUGGUCGGUGUGAGUUUAAGGUACCAUCAGGGCUAGUUGCAAUGUGCAGACAUUUGGCCAGAGCUGCACCUUUGCCACCAUUUAAAUGCACGUUAGGUCAAAGCCUUAUUUUGGCAUUACUUUUAUUCUGUGCUAAAGCAUUCUCAUUAAUGCAUUCAACAUUGAACACCCACACACACUUUCUGUACGGAGCCAUCCCUGAAUCUUUGGUUCCAUGAUGUAUUAUGGUUGGAAUGUUUUACUGCAGAAAAAGUUUUAAAAAUAUUUCUCUUGCGUUUGCAGAUAAAUUUUAAUUUUAAAAUAUUUUAUACAUUUAUGAGGUGCAGACUUGGAGUGUUCACUCAACCGAAAACCGUUUUUGAUGGUUAAGUUCCCCAUUAGAUUAUAGUGCCAAGAAUUGACUUUCCUGUCAUGACCAGCUAGGUACACUAUCUUCAACUUUUUGUUCAUUUACUUGAGGGCUGCGGUGUUAAAGAUUUAAUACGAAGAUUCCUGUUGUAGGUGUGGGGAGCAUUUUUUAAAAAAUCUUUUCCUUUUUAAUCAAAGCUGUUAACUCUAAACAAAGGAUGUGGAAAAAGGAAACAACGCUUGAUUUCUUAUAGGAUGCAAACAGGUUAUGCUCAGUUCAAAACUAUCUCCCCUGUACUUGGUUGGGGUGAAUCUUCUUAGACAGGAUCAUGCUUAGCCAUUGUUGAUGUCAACACAUUUCAGAGAAAAAAAUUAAUCUGUGGCAUUGUGGGAUGCUACUUGUAGUUAUGCUUCCAGGGAUACAUGAUCAUCUAAAGUUUGUGCUAUAAAGAAGACAUUGAAAACUAUUGGUCAGAUUAAAGGCAACUUUAGUUUUACAAUUAGCAGUCCCUGAUCUAAGACCCAGGUAUGGUGAUAGCCAGCAUUAGAAGCUUAGGUUCUUUAUAGAGGUCUUGUUACUUUACAGCAUGGUUUAUUUACACUUAGCCUAAUCAACCUGGUUUUAAAAGCUGGUAGUGGAGGGAAGUGUAGCAUUGGGCCUUUGUGCAAGAUGAGCGUGCUGUUGUCCACAAACACCAAAAGUGGAUGGUAUAGGGUGUCAUGUGAUGUUAGAAAACAGUAUCCGCAUGGCUAGGGGUGCCGGGCUCUACUCAGAACCCAGUUGUCAGGUAACAUGGUAGUAGCAGUCAUCACCAUCAUGAAUAGCUGCAACAACCUGGGGUUGUGGUGUAAUCUUGUCCAUUUCUGACAAUGAACUUGCAGUGCAUUCAUAAUCCUUUCACUUGCUAUGUGUUCACUGCUGUGUUUAGCUUGUCCCAACUUUCUGUUCCUUUUUUUUUUGUUUGUCUAUCUUUUUGCUUAAACCAGUGUGUGCUUUUUUGUGAAUUUUAUGUGGUAAUAAUAAAGCCAUGUUAAUGAC